AUGAACCCCUCAACACGCAUACCUCUUCGCCUCUUCACGGCGUCGUCGCCGCUGACAGCAACGGCCGGACGCCCGUGCUUCGCUGCCGCCGCCGCCAGAGCCAUCUCGACAACGACGCUCAAGCCCGCCGAGGUUGCGCCCGUUGUUGGUACCGGCCCGCCGCCUGAGCCCCCCGUCCCGGACGUCGCCGCAGACGAUCGGGCUGCCGUCGCGCGCGCGCGCGUCGAGAGGAGGCAAAGACAGGCCGAGAUGCUGAAGCACGCCAAGACCAUCCGCACGUCGGCGGAGGCGAAGGCAAGCAAGCCGGGCGCUUUGAAGAGGAGGUUCUGGAACGACGUUAGUGUGCAAGAGGUCGAUGGCGCUCUCCAAGUCCAUCUCGACACCCGUCCCCUCCGCCACCCCAAUACCAAGCAGAUCAUCCGCCUGCCCGCCUCGAAGCAGCACCUCGCGUCCGCCCUGGCAAUCGAAUGGGACCUCAUCACUUCGGCCCAGCAGGCGACCAAGCAGCACCUGAUCCCUCUCACCUCCCUGACCUGCCGCGCGCUCGACAUCGCCGAGGACGACGCCGCCGCCGGCGCGAUCCGCCAGUCCAUCGCUACCACGCUGAUGCGCUACCUCGACACCGACUCCCUGCUGUGCUGGGCGCCCCCGGCCGGCCCGAUGGACACGCGCAACGACGCGGGCGAGAGUUUGAGAGACGUGCAGAAGCGCACGGCCGAGGCGGUCGUCGGGUUCCUCACGGCGCGGGUGUGGCCGGGCAUCGAGAUCCACCCGGUCCUGGACGGGCACAGCAUCGUGCCGAGGGCGCAGGCGGAGGGCGUGCGAGAGGUUGUGCAGGGGUGGGUCAUGGGGCUCGACGCGUGGGAGCUGGCCGGGCUCGAGCGGGCCGUCUUGGCGGGCAAGAGCCUCAUCACCGCGGUGCGGUUGGUGGUGGAGUGGAGCGAGGGCCCCGUCGGCGAGUACCGCGACGCGAGGAGCCCGAGGAAGUUUGGCAUCGAGGAGGCGGCGACGGCGGCGAGUCUGGAGGUUUCGUGGCAGACUGGGUCGUGGGGCGAGGUGGAGGACACGCACGACGUGGAGAAGGAGGAUUUGAGGAGGCAGCUGGGAAGUGCCGUGUUGCUUGUCUCGGGCACGAACCGCAACUGA